AUGCAGGAAGCCUUAGGUCUAACCCCACACCUGACUGUGGAUGCCGCUGACAGCAGCAAGCAGGAGAACUUCUUCUACCCUUCCUUGCUGGGUGUUUCUUGGAAGAGGCAACUCAAGCAGAGGAAGACCAGUAGGGAAAGGGUAGGAGGGAAGGAAAAUUCAAUUGUGGGUAGUGCUGUUCAGCCUGAAGAUGAGGUCGGUGCUGGAGAGAUGGAUGCAGCAUCCUCGUCUGGUCAGAACUACAGCACAGUGUCUGAAUUCAUCCUCAUUGGCUUCUCCAACUUCCCUCAGCAGCUCCUGCCCUCCUUCUUCCUGCUGUACCUGCUGAUGUACCUGUUCACACUGCUGGGGAACCUGCUCAUCAUGGGCACCAUCUGGAGGGAGCACAGCCUCCACACCCCCAUGUACCUCUUCCUGUGUGCCCUCUCCAUCUCCGAGAUCCUGUUCACUGUUGCGGUCACCCCUCGCAUGCUGGUGGACAUGUUGUCCACCCACCGCUCCAUCACCUUUGUGGCCUGUGCCAGCCAGAUGUUCUUCUCCUUUACAUUUGGCUUCACCCACUCCUUCCUGCUCAUGAUCAUGGGCUAUGACCGCUACGUGGCCAUCUGCCACCCCCUGCGCUACAACGUGCUCAUGAGCCCCCGUGACUGUGCCCGCCUUGUGUCCUGCUGCUGGGCUGGUGGCUCAGUCAUGGGGAUGAUGUUGACACUGAUCAUUUUUCACCUCACCUUCUGUGGGUCUAAUGAGAUCCACCAUUUUCUCUGCCACGUGUUUUCCCUUUUGAAGUUGGCCUGUGGGAAGGAGACAGCCACUGUCUCCAUGGCUGUGAUUCUGCUUUGUGUCACGGCCCUGCUGGGGUGCUUAUUCCUCAUCUUCCUCUCCUAUGUCUUCAUCGUGGCUGCCAUCUUGAGGAUCCCCUCCACUGAGGGCCGUCACAAGACCUUCUCCACCUGUGUCUCCCACCUUACCAUAGUGGUUGUGCACUACGGUUUUGCUUCCAUCAUCUACCUCAAGCCCAAGGGGGCCCAUUCUAUGGACAGUAACACGCUCAUGGCCACCACCUACACGGUCUUCACGCCCUUUCUUAGCCCCAUCAUUUUCAGCCUUAGGAAUAAGGAGCUGAAGAAUGCCAUACAGAGAAGCUUCCGCAGAACUUUCUGCCCCUUAAGUUCCUGA